AUGUCUAACUCUCCAAAUAUCCCACCAUUAAAAUCUGAUUUUAUGACAAAACUUAAACAAAUUAUUGUUGCAAUACCGAACAGUGAACUUAUAAUGAAAGGAAGGUAUAAGGAAGUUUUUGAAACACAAAGUUUUGAAGAGUUUUUACUUAAAAUGGUUUCAGCAGCACGUGAAUUUAUGGGUUCAACUACGAUUGAUAACGAAACUAAAUUUAAUUUAUUCUUCUCUUAUCAUUAUUACGUUGAUUUACUCUGUGAAUCAAUGGCAGAUAAGUCAGUCUCUUUUAAUCAAAUGAAUUUAUUGGCUCAAAUGAAAGAACCAUUACCUUCAACAAAUUCUCCAAGGAGUGAAAAUGAACCACCAGGAUUACCUGUAGCUUCUCAAAAUGAUAAUAUAGACCAAACACCUGACAUUGUUCCUAAUCAUUCACUUCUUCUUGAAAAAUUAUCUUCAGCAACUGAACAACAAUUGGAAAAAAUAUUAGAAAUUGUAGCACCUCAAAACACUGAUUGGUGUAUAGGAAUGGAUCUAUCUACAAUGUCAGUUGAUGUAAUAGAACAAAUUUCAUCGAUACUUUUACAACAAUAA